UCCGUGAUUUCCGUGAUUUCCGGGAUUUCGUAGAACUGGGUUCGCUGAAGCCCAGUGGUCCAGCGCUGAAACAGUAUUGCCCUCAAACAUUGGGCAGCGAUGUUAAUAGCAACAAGACAUCCGGUUUUGUGAAUCUUUGCCUUUUGUGCUUUCGUUUCACGUUGUGAACUGGUCGGAAUAAGUUUACAGUGUUGGCCAUAAACGUUAGUAUUGUAUAGUACGUCAGUAUGACAGCGGACCACAGUAAGCUCUCGUUCGACUAGCGUUAGUUACUUAGUUAACUUACCAGGGUUUUUUCGGUGGCCAGUCAAACAGCGGAUCAUCGGCGAAAGAGCAGCCGGUUACUGUUUAACAUUAAUGCUGUUUGGGACAGGAUCGCACAUCGACCGACAGAGUUUUUGUGAGAACAUAAGACCAAGUGCUGAAGAUUGAGGUGACUGUCGACGUCUUCCGAAUUUGCCAGGAUGCCUAUUCCUCCUCCGCCUGGACCUCCACCCCCCCCCACCUUUAACCAGGCAAACACCACACCUCCAAAACUUAAUCGAGAUGACGCGAAAGGAAGAGGAGCUCUGCUGUCAGACAUCUGCAAAGGCACCAACCUGAAGAAGACCACUGUGGUCAAUGACAGAAGUGCACCUAUAAUUGAAAGUCGAGGUGGCAGCAGUGGUGGAGGCGGAGGCGGAGGCGGAGGUGGCGGUGGUGGAGGCGGAGGUGGUUCUGGGCCAAUGGCCAUGGGAGGGCUGUUCAGUGGAGGAGUGCCCAAAUUACGACCAGUCGGAGACAGCUCUGUAGGAAGGUCAGCGCUGCGGCCGCCUGGGUCUAGGCCUGCAGUACCUCGUGCUGCGGGUCAUUCUGAACCAGACUGCUCCGUUCGUGGUGAUGGAGGUCGCUCCUCACCUCCAGAACAGGCACGAAAUCAACGUCCCUCUGUGCCAGACGUCUCCAAACCGUCUGCUGCCAGCAGCUCCUCAAAACCCACCAACUCCGCUCCACCUCCACCCCCACCAUUCAGUCGCGGUGGCAAUCGCGGACCCACCUCAGGCCAACAGGGUUCUGGGGCACACAGUCGUGAGAAACCCCUUCCACCACCGCCUGCAAGCAAGGGGCCUCCACUGCCACCAUCUUCUGCUCGGGAUGGGCCUUCUAGACAUCCCCCUAUUUCAUCUCGCUCCUCUUCAUCCUCCUCCCCUUCCUCAAAUGCACCUCCACCUCCUCCUCCUUAUCGUCAGCCGACUAAUGCUGCAAAUGGUGACCCGGCCCCUGUGUUGCCGCAGAGACGAAACUCGCUGAACAAGAGAAGCCAUGCCAAUGCUAACGUCCGUAGCCAGGCUCCUCCUCCUCCACCCCCUGCCCAGCAGAACAGACGACCCCCACCACCAUCUCGUGAUCCAGUGGGGCGUAGCACAGCUCCUCAGGUUCCUCCUCCUACAUCUCGUAAUGGGGUUCGGGAAACGCCACCCCCUCCACCCCCUUACCGUGGCGGGCCACAAACAUCUUCUGAACCCCCUAGUCGAGGGAAGCCCCCUCCUCUCUCCUCUACUGGACACCAGUCUUCAGGACAUGCACCUCCUCCUCCUCCACCUCUCCGGAAUGGACAUACGUCAUCUGCCCCCAAGUCCUUUUCUGAUGAUUUUGAGUCCAGGUAUGACUUCCACCCUAUAGAGGACCUUCCCCCACCUGAAGAAUACAGACCCUUCCAGAAGAGCUAUCCCAGCCAAAUCAACAAGACUUUAGUGAGAGGUGUUCCUCCACUGCCUCCUGUUGGAGGAAGAUGAACACUGUGUUCAGAGAAGAGAAGGA